AUGGCCGAUGCCGACGACUAUCUCCAGGAGGGCUUCGACCCCCGCACCGUGACGGUGCCGCGUUUGCGCUCCAUCCUCGUCACGCACAACGUCAACUUUCCAUCCACGGCCAAGAAGCCGCAGCUCGUGCAGCUCGUCACCGACCAUGUGAUGCCGCAGGUGCCGCGGUUGCGGGCGCAAAGGGCCAGGGCGAAGCGGUCGAGCUACGGCAUCGUCAACGCGGGCAGCGCCGAGGACACCAACACCUGGGACGACCCGCCGCCCUCCCGCCCCGUAUCCCGCCGCUCGAUGUCCCCGAGGAAGAGCUCCGCCAGGGUCAAGCUGGAAGAGGAUGACCACGAGGCAUCCCACCUCAGAAGCCCGCGGAAGCGCGCCUCACGCUCCGUGAGCCGUGCACUGUCGCAUACAGACGAUGAUGCCGUCUCCGAAGUCUCCAGGUCCACGCGCCGCAGCCGCCGCACGGCCACCCCUCAAAUAAAGCCGGAAUCGGAUGAAGAGGAACAGGAGGAGCUGGACUUUGGCGAUGACGACACCGUCGUGCACCACGGGGACGAGAGCGUCUUCACCGAUGAUAAUCCUUUCCAGAGCGGAAGCUCUCCGCCCCCGGUGAAGACACCGACGAGUCGACGGAGGACGGCGGGUGAUGACGUCGUCAAGAGCACAAAGUCAUCCCGGCGUCGGACAGACGACGUCGCCGAUCGACGACAGAGCAGCCGGUCGUUUGCACUCUCGGCCCCCAGGCUGCGGUCUGAGACGCCGGAAGCGAUGCUUGAGCCUGGUGAAGAGUUCACGCCAGAUGAACAGCUGGAGCUGGAAGUAGCUGCCAGCAAAGGAGAACUGCCCCUGGUCCCGCGGCCAUCUGCGGCCAAGACUGGCCGGCAAACGAGUUUGACGACUCCUUUAAUCGUUCUCCUCUUGGCUCUUCUGUCCGCAUACGGAGCCUGGUAUCGCCAGGAGAAGAUUGCAGUGGGCUACUGUGGUCUUGGUCGACCUGCCAAGACGCUCAUCCCCCCAGAAGUUCCUGUCCCUGACGCACUGGUGCCUCUCAUCGAGCCUCAGUGCGAAAAGUGCCCUGCGCAUGCGUUCUGCUACGAGGACUUUUCCAUCCGCUGCGAGAAGGAUUUCAUCCUGAAGCCACAUCCUCUCUCCUUGGGCGGCUUGAUUCCGCUCCCUCCGUCUUGCGAGCCCGAUGGAGAGCGGGCGCGACGCGUCAAGGCCGUGGCCGACAAGGCUAUCGAGGAGCUCAGAGAUCGCCGCGCCAAGUUUGAGUGCGGUGAUCUCGUUGACGAGUCCGGCAAGCAGGAGGAUUCGCCGGCGAUCGCAGAAGAGGAGCUCAAGGCGAGCGUCAGCAAGAAGCGCAGCAAGAAGCUCAACAGCAAGGAGUUUGACGACCUCUGGAAGGACGCCAUCGGCGACAUCGCCGAGAGAGAGGAAGUCUCCGUCGAGGCCGAGACGACCGAACCGUCCAGUUCCCCCGAUCUUCCAAACCGCAAGUACUCGUCCUCCUCUCUCGCUCGCCUUCCGAUCGCCUGUGCGGUCAAGCGCUCCGUCAGGCUCGGGCUGGCGCGACAUCGACUCCCAAUUGGACUUUUGAUCUCGCUGUCGAUUGCCGUCUUGUAUUUGCGCGCCCGUUAUCGGCAUCACCUGGCCGUCUCGGCGCAGGUCCCGGCGUUGGUGGACUCAGUCCUGGGUCGUUUGGCCAACCAGAAGGAGCUCGGUGAGGAGGACCUCGACGACCCCUGGCUGUUCCUGCCGAACCUGAGAGACGACGUGCUGCGUGCCAAGCACUCUCUGUCGGAGCGGGAAAUGAUCUGGCAAAAGGUCAAGGCCGUGGUGGAGCAGAAUAGCAACGUCCGGACCAGCCAGAGGGAGGGCCGGAGCGGAGAAGUCGGCCGGGCCUGGGAGUGGAUCGGGCCGACCAGGGGCGAAGGCGCCCGGAGGCGGCGCAGCGGCCGGGUGUCGUGGGCUCCCGAGGUGAAGUCCGAGUCUCCGGAGCCGUCGCCGGCGCCGGCGCCGGUCGUCAAGGAGAUGGCGGAAACAAGGAAGUGGGAUGAGUCGCGGCCGUAUUACUAG